GGCGACUAAAACCUACCAAAACCCAUAAAAAAUGGGCUCGAUCUAUAGAUCGGAGCACAUGAAAUUGUGCCAAAUCUUCUUCCAAUCCGAGUCCGCCUAUCAAUGUGUCGCCGAGUUGGGAGAGCUGGGCAUGGCUCAGUUCAUCGAUUUGAAUGAGGAACAGAAUGCGUACACGAGAAAAUUUGUGAACGAAGUGAGAAGAUGUGAUGAGAUGGAGAGAAAGAUUAAUUUCGUCGAGGAUGAAAUCACCAAGGAUCUGGUCCCAAUUCCAGACUACGAUGAGCAUAUUCCGGCUCCACAGCCCAAACACAUGGGAGAAAUGGAGGCAAACUUAGAGAAGCUUGAAGAGGAGCUCGUUCAAAUCAACAAGAACUGUAAAGUGCUCAAAAAUAACCAUGUUCAGCUUCUUGAAAUGAAAGCUGUUCUGGAGCAUGUCACCUCUUUGUUGGAUCCACAUUCCAAGAGAGAAGCUGCUAUGUCAAUCUCGGAAGCUGCUCGUGGAGAGGCUGGCCCAAUUAGUUUUGGGAUGAAGGAUGAGUUUGACAAGCCAGUGAAGGAUGAGAAGGAGUUGAAAUUUGUAACCGGAGUUGUCAAGCGUUCCAAGGCCAUCGCAUUCGAGCGUUUCCUUUGGAGACUGUCACGCGCCAAGGUUUUCGCAAAAUUCAUUCAAAUUCAAGAGCAAACCGAACUCUUCUCGAACGAGUUCGAGGACAAAUGUGUCUUCAUUCUUUUCUUCUCAGGAGAGCAACUUCGUGCCAAGGUCAAGAAGAUCUGCGAUGGAUUCCAGGCAAAGUGCUACACAGUUCCAGAGAAUCCAGCGGAAAGAACCAAGUUGCUUCUGAACAUCAAAGUUCAGACAACUGACAUGAAGGCCGUUAUUGAGAAGACAUUGGAUUAUCGAUCAAAAUGCAUCCAUGCAGCUGCAACUAACUUGAGAAAAUGGGGAAUAAUGCUUCUGAAGCUGAAAUCCAUCUUCCACACUCUCAACAUGUUCUCCGUUGAUGUUACUCAAAAAUGUUUGAUCGCUGAGUGUUGGGUCCCAGAAGCCGACAUCGGUCAAGUGAAGAACUCACUUCACAUGGGAACCAUCCACUCUGGCUCCACAGUUCCGGCAAUUCUCAACGAAAUGGAAACCGAUAAGUACCCACCAACUUAUUUCAAACUGAACAAGUUCACCCAAGGAUUCCAAAAUAUUGUCGAUGCAUACGGUAUUGCCAACUAUCGAGAAGUUAAUCCAGCUCCAUGGACCAUUAUCUCUUUCCCAUUCCUUUUCGCUGUCAUGUUCGGAGACGCUGGACAUGGAAUUAUCAUGCUUAUCGCUGCUUCUGCGUUUGUUAUUUUUGAGAAGAAGCUCAUCUCCAUGAAGAUCAAGGAUGAGAUUUUCAACACUUUCUUUGGAGGUCGAUAUGUUGUCUUGCUUAUGGGAAUGUUUGCCAUUUACACAGGAUUCAUUUACAACGAUUUCUACUCAAAGUCUGUCAACAUAUUUGGUUCAAGCUGGGUAAAUCCAUACAAUCAAACACUUCUCGCAAACAUGGAUGCUCAAGGAGCUGAUUCUAAUACCGAUCUCUCGCUGACAUUCCCACCAGAGAUUGCAUUCAACCACGACUACGGACCGUAUCCAUUUGGAGUUGAUCCAGUCUGGAAUUUGGCUAUCAAUAGAUUGAACUUCUUGAAUCCAAUGAAAAUGAAGACGUCUAUUCUUCUCGGUAUUUCUCAAAUGGCGUUCGGAAUUAUGCUCUCACUCAUGAAUCAUAUCGGAAACCGAUCUGUCGUUGACAUCGUUUUCGUUUUCAUCCCACAAUGCUUAUUCCUUGGUUGUAUUUUCGUGUAUCUGUGCCUUCAAGUACUCAUGAAAUGGAUCUUCUUCUACGUCAAGCCAGCCUAUAUCUUCGGAAGAUUGUAUCCAGGAUCCAACUGUGCCCCGUCUCUUCUUAUCGGUCUUAUCAAUAUGUUCAUGGUCAAGAGCAGAGAUGCAAGCUUCGCUCACGACGUCGGCACCGCAGCUGGAAAAGAAUGGGUCAUUGUUAAUGGACAAAAUGUGACCUACACCAUCAACGACCAAUGUUAUCUCCAGCAGUGGUAUCCAAAUCAAUCCCUCGUUGAACUUAUCCUCCUGCUCAUCGCCGUUGUAUCUGUUCCAGUUAUGCUUCUCGUCAAGCCAUUCUACAUUCGUUGGAGACACUCCCGCGGACUUCACAUUGAUUUGGGACAUGGUCCUGAUGAACACGGAGAGUUCAACUUCGGUGACAUCAUGGUGCAUCAAGCUAUUCACACUAUUGAGUUCGUUCUCGGAUGCGUUUCCCACACUGCUUCAUACCUCCGUCUUUGGGCUCUUUCACUUGCUCACGCACAGCUUUCCGACGUUCUCUGGACAAUGGUUCUCCGUAUGUCAUUGACAAUGGGUGGAUGGGGAGGAUCUGCAGCAAUCACCAUUCUCUUCUACUUCAUCUUCUCCAUUCUUUCCGUCUGUAUUCUCAUUCUUAUGGAGGGUCUUUCCGCCUUCCUUCACGCAAUCCGUCUUCAUUGGGUCGAGUUCCAGUCGAAAUUCUACGGAGGUACCGGAAUCCAGUUCGAGCCAUUCUGCUUCACCAAAAUUAUUCGCGUUUACGAGGGACUCGAUCAGUAGUUUUGUGUUUUUGAUGGUUUUUGAAUUUGCUCUUCCACGAUUAGGUGGUAAUAAACUUGUAUAUCUGGAG